AGUACUCACGUACCAAAUCCUGGAGUGUAAUUAUCUGGCUUAACUGUAGACCAGCCAUGAGGCCUCAGCAAAUCUUGUUUUUGGAAAUACAGUACAGUACUGUAUGUGAAAAUGUGAUUUUUGAAUGCUUAGGUAGAUUAUAUAUGACUCUUAACAAUGCGAACUCUUAGCGGAAGUGCUUUCUGCUCUCUUGACUUCUGCUUUUUUUUGUGUGUCAAGGAUGGACUAUAAAGGACCGCAUUUGUCAAGCCCCAUUCAAGCGGAUGACGCUCUGGCCGAUCAGUCUCAAUUAAAUUCUGGUAACGCUGACGAAUCUAAGUCCGUGAAAUCAGUGUCUGAGAGCGGUGAUUGUGUGGAGAAGAAUUCCAUCGCGGUUCCUACCCCCGAUAUGGAUUCCAUAACAUUUAAAUCGAGUGCAAAGUUGGAGAACACGGAGAUACAAACACCUGUAUCUAACGCCCUGGCGACUUUAGCUGCGGAAGCUGUGAAGGCUGCUGCGGCUCCUUCCGAUGAAGGGGGACUAGUGCAAGCAUCGGACGCACCGAAGCUUUCAGGAGGUGCGUGGCAUUCUGUCGGCAUUUUCAGCGGGAACUCGUGCAAAGUAACGGGAUACACGACUCAAGACUUAUCUGAAGAACUUAGUACAGCUCAUUUUGACAUCUCCAAGCUGCCAGCCGAAAUUAUAGACGAAACUGCUGUGCAAAAACUUGAGCCCGGAGAAUUCUACCGUGUUCGUGUAUGCGCAUUCAACAGUUGCGGUUUUGGCCCGUGGAGCGAAGCAACCACCUUUAGAACCACUGUUCCUGGAUUUCCAAAUCCUCCGUCAGGUGUUAAAAUUACGUCUACGAAGGAAGGCGUGCAUUUGUCGUGGCAUCCACCGCAAGAUAAUGCUGAUGAGGUUAUGGAAUAUUCCGUGUACUUGGCAGUGAAGGGCCAGAGUUCUGAAGGAGCUAAUGUCAUAUCGGCCGGGAAAACAAACCAGGCAUUCAAGAGAGUUUACAUUGGAGCAGCGAGUUCAUGUCUUGUGCCUUCCGCCGUUUUGACCGAUGCUCACAUGACUAACACAACCCCAACAGGAGCAUCUUCGAAGCCCGCCAUUCUAUUCCGCAUCGCUGCCAGAAAUAAGAAAGGUUACGGCCCUUCCAUCCAAGUUCGUUGGAUCCAAGGUGAAGCCGUGAACCAAAAUGCAGCUCGUCGCACAGCUGCCGAAGACUCAGCCGGGGCCGCGAAAAAGAAGCGGAAAGAAUAA